AUGUUUCUCAGCCCAGUCCUUAUCCUCCGCAUCGUUCAAGGGGCGUUGGCUUUUGUCGCCAUGGCGCUCGGAGCGACUGUGGCCAACGUCUUGAACACCCACCAUCCUGCCCUUGAUGUCCCAGCUGGUGUGGUCUUCUUCAUCUUCACUGCCGUCUUCACCAUGCUCGUCACGGUUCCCUACACAAUCUUGACACCUCGCUACUUCCCGGUCCUGGCUCAUCCUUUUGCAAUGCUCGCGGCCGAAGCCACAACGUCAAUCUUGUGGCUGGCCGGAUUCGCCGCCGUUGCAGAUCGCUUGCGCCGAUCAGACAUUUGUCAAGUCGGUGCCUGUCAGUCCGCCACAGGCAGCGUCGUGGUCGGCGUCUUCGAGUUCAUCCUCUUUGGGAUCACAGCCUUCUUCGCCUUUUCUCAUAUCUUUCUGGGUGGCCGGUUCAGUGGGAAUAAGCCUCAAAACAAGCAGGGGCGGACCGGCGUUGAGCUCGUAUAG